GACGGGAGUGCCGAUGGCCCAGGAUUACUGCACAGUCAGUGAGAAAUCAGAGAUGGGAGUCCAUGUCUGUGCCUUUCUCCUGUUCAGGAAAACCUCCAUGGAGCACCAUUUACUGCCCCUGGGGUGUAGGAAUCACUUACAAAGUAGAAAUAUCUCUAAGUAAAUGUUUAGGAUGUUGAUUGAGUGAUAAGAAGAUUUCUGUGUCACUGGUAAUCCAGUCCCUCCAGCUCUGGCCUGUGAAGCAUCAGGUGCCAACCCCCGCUGUGGCUGCUCCUGCUGCUACUGUUAAAUUUGAAGGACUGACUAAAACCAACAGGAUGAAGGUGAAAUGGACCCAGCUGGGUUUGGUGUUCUUCCUCGUUUUAUCACUGGUGAUGACAGGAUGCUUCUUCUGGCAAUAUCAGCUGCCAAAACUUCUGCCAGAUGACGGGAUGGGUCGCAAUGCCAAUUCAGAGAUGAUGUGUCCCCGUUUCCCCGAGCCUCUCCCGCUGGAGCAUCCUAUCCCCGGCCUGAAAGAGGCCUUGGAAAAGGUGGACGUUAUGCUUCGGCAGAACAUCAACCCCAUCAGCCUCCCCUCUCUGUCGGCCAUUGUGAUCUUAAAUGACACCGUUUUGUGGACCGGCAAUUUUGGAAAAAGGAAUAGCAGCGACCCUCUCUCCGGACCCCCCAACGAGUACACAAUUUACAGAAUUGCCAGCCUAUCCAAAAUCUUCCCGACACUGAUGCUCUACAGACUGUGGGAGGACGGGAAGAUCGGCUCCCUCGAUGACCCUCUGGAGAAAUAUGUGGAGAACUUCACCAUCAAAAACCCUCUGGGGAAGACGCGAGACUCUGAGCUAAAAUAUGUGACAGAUGGCCUGAUAUUUCUGGACAGUGGGGAGGUUCAGAUCCGCUCCUCCUCAGUCACCUUGCGCAGGAUGGCCAGCCAGCUCUCAGGCCUACCCAGGAGACUGCGGGCCACAAAUCUGCUUUGGAAAGGAAAAACACAAUCUGCAAUCAAUCUUCUACAAGAUGAUGUCCUCGUCGCAGACCCAGGCACCAAAUGUCACUACAGCAACCUCGCCUUCUCUCUGCUGGCUCAUGUGAUGGCCGAGCGCGUUGCCUCCGUUGACUACCAGCGGUGGAUCACAGACAACAUCCUGGACCGGCUGGGGAUGGAGGACACCGGCUUCGACAUCACCCCGGGGCUUCAGGGCCAGAUGGCCGUGGGAGUGUACUCUAGUGGAAAACCAGCCCCACUCUACGACCUGGGCUGGUACCGGCCUUCCGGUCAGAUGUUCUCCACCGCCGCAGACUUGGCCAAGCUAGCCAUGAUGCUGCUGGGUGCUUAUCACCGCAAGCUGCUGGAGCCAGACUCAUUGAAGAUCAUGCUGACCCCACUCUUCAGGUGUGAUAAGGACUACUUUGCCAACCGCACUGGAACGCCAUGGGAGGUGAACGAGCAGAUGGGAUACGAGGUGGUGCGUAAAGAUGGCGAUCUUGACGGCUACUCUGCCACCUUCUCCCUGGUGCCCAGAUUGAAGCUCGGUCUGGUGGUGCUAAUGGCUGGCAGCCGGUCUCAGAACCAGGAUGUGGUCACAAAAGCCUACAACCACAUCAUCCCAGCUAUAGAAAAAGCCUUUAGGGAGGCCAAGAAGAUCCUCUUUCCCCCUCCAAACCCAGAAUGUUACAUCGGCUUUUUCACCUACAGCAACAUCACCUUCUACGAGAUCAAAGUUGGGACGGACGGAGUUCUGGUGAUGCAACAGUUUGGGCCUCAGAUAGAAGAGCUGAUCCCAGAGAAGUACAGGACAAUAAAGCUCAACUACCUGGUUGACCGGGUGUUCAGAGUGGUUUUUGAAAAAGAGUACCCCUGUGUUUUGCGAGUUGGCACGGCCUCAGUGUCCCUGGAAGCCCAAGAUGGCCAAUUAUUUAACUUCUACACAUUCGACAAGCGGGGUCUGUCCCCUGGUUUUGAUGCACCAGGACUGAACACGUAUAAUGUGGUCAGAAUAGCCCGCAGGCCAACCUUCUCAAGCUGAACUGCAGCAAGGCUGCGUCCUACAGACAAGUGGUGUGUCCUUGGGAUAUGUGAGGGACUGUAAACAAAAAGAAGGAUGUGAAUAUUGAAAGACCAAAUGGAAAAGUUGGGGUCACAGUAUUUGUUAAAGUUAGGAUUGUGUGCUUGAUUUACAGCGAGCACAGAGAGUGACGGCAAUAUGUAUAAUGUCUUGCACAGAAAAUUAAUUUCUCUGCUGAAUGAUGUAUUUGACUGUCCUCUUCACACUGGUCCUUCAUUAUGCCUCUUAACUAUACACCCACAUUAUGGUGAUAAGGUGCUUGUGUUUUUCCUACUUUCAUUGAAACCACUCUUACAAUGUCUUUGUCUCUUCUGUUCUUGAGUUUUCAUGAGAGAGAACAGCAGAACAUUGGCUCCUGUUGUGGUCAUUCACAUGAAUAUUUGCACAUCUUUAAUUUUCAAUUCUUGGACCAUGACUGCAGUUUCACAGACUCAUCGGCUCAUACAUAUUUAUCCUCCAUUGGUGAAGGGAAAAUAUAAUUUAAUUCAUUUGUGUGGCUAUAAACCAUGCUUUUGGCAGGUAAAAAAAGCCAUUUUCAUGGCUCAUACUAUGUAUGCAUCACUUUUACUAAAAUACUGAUGUUGCCACAGACAUGGAACUUCUGAUUUGGUGGCACCAAUCAUGCACUUACAUGAUGUAAGAUGUAGAAUAUUUUCCCUCCCCAAUAAGAAGCGAUUAAGGACAGAGAGGCUUUUGGUUUCCUGUGUGACUCCUUGCUGUUUAAUCCCUAAAAUGGACUCCCAAUCUCUAACACCAAUAUGAAUAAUACACUGCCCAGACUGCUGCAGGAAAGUGACGGAGUGUACGAAAAUAACCCUCCUAAGGCAAGUCCUGAUAUUUUACCUUUCAUUUGAGAUUGCCUGUCUGAUGGUGUGAUGGAAAUGGAAUGGAUAUUGAAAACUUUGCUUACUCUUGAAGCAUCAGGUGCUACAAGGGAUAUCAAGGGAAAGUGAAUGUCAUGCUGACUAAAAUAUAAAUCUAUUGUAUCCACAUUAUUCAGCUUUGGAUGAAAUAUUGAAACUGGCAUUUAAAUAUGCAAUGCAUUGUUGUCACAGCCCACAGAUUGAAGCUCAGUCUGAAGGAUGGUGGGAGGAAAAACUAAUUUGGGUCAUGCUGUAUUGUAAGCCAUACAGAAACAAAACAUGUAAAUUAUACCCUGUGUUGAUUCUAUCUAUUAUUGAGGCUUGUUAUUUUGGGUAAGAUGUCAGAUGAAGCUUAUGCAGCCGGCAGAAAUGCAACAAUCACACAAUGCAAUCAUGAUGAUGAAUACAACUCGUCAGCAUUAUGCUGCAUUUAUAUUUCAGCCAGUUACAAAACAUCAAACAUAACCUGACAUUAACAUCUGUAAAGAAAAUAAUAGCUACGUGUGGACAGCUUCAACAUUUAUUUGUGUAGCUUUUAAAUUAGGCAUUGCACAAUAGCCAUAAUCAAUUUUCAACUUUGCGACCACAGUGAACAAAACCUUACCAAUCAAUCAAAUCAUGUAACAUGAUUGUUGGCCGUGCAUAAGAGACAAAGCAAGAUUCGGUAAAGCUCACAGUAAAGCAUUACAUUCUUUGUUUACAAGUUCCACUGAAACACAGAGACACCUGAUUUUGCUGCCCAGCAACACAUUGAUUUUCCAAAUAAGAACAAGAAUAAUCAAGUACAACACAAUAUCAUUCAGAGCAGAUUGUCCUUCUUUCCUUUUGGAUUCACCCUCUAAGGCAUACAGCAGUAUACAGAGUAAGACAGCAGGUGGAAUGUGCAGGCACUGUUAAACUAUAUUAUCCAUAGUAGCAAACAACCAAGCAAAUCAAAGUCCACAUACAAGCUUUGACAUCUAAUAAGUUUAAAGGAACAUUGACAUUUUGGGAAAUAGGCUUAUUUUUGGCAAAGGUUAGAUGAGAAGAUCGAUACCACUAUACCUGAUAAAUGUUGUUUACGCUUUGUUUUUUGUACAGAUUAAACAAACCAGAGUGUUAAUUAGUGAGAAGUAGCGGUGCAGUUAUGGCUUGUGUCCACAUCGUGUUGCCAGUGCCAGUAUCUUUUAAGAGAGCGUAUGUAACCACCUAGAGAAGAAAACAUUGCAUCCAGCAUCUGUUUUCGGAGCACUGCGCCUUUUUAUAAUAUACAUUCUUUUUUUGCCUUUAAUCGAUACUGAUAGCUGAAGAGUAACAGGAAAGAGGGGAGAGAGUAAAGGGUCACAUAUUGGAUUCGAACCCAUGGCCACUGCAGCAAGGACUCCGCUGUGGUACAUGGGGCACCAGCUCUACCAGGUGACCUAUUAGGACACACUGUGUCGUUUGUGCUGGUGUUAUUAUUGUCGCUCAUUUUUAGGCAACCAAUUGGGGGACUCAAAAAUGGAGGAAAAUCGUUCUGACCGUGUCUGUCUAUCCUGAGCUCUAUGAUAUGUCAGACAGAGACUAUUAUAAUAAAGAGAUAAAUGAAAAGAAAAAAAAACUAUGCUGAGACUUUACCACAUUUUGUUGUCAUUUAUAGUCGCUAGCUUCUUUUUGUCUCUCUCCUCUGCCUCAGGACUCAGCUUCUACACACACAUACACACAGAGAAGACAGUUGGUCUGUGUCGGUGGAGACUGUGAACUGUGUAGUAUUAGGUUAAAUACUGGGGUAGAAACCUUGUGCAUGUUGUACUGUUGCAAGGGGAAACAAUAAAGUCGAGGGGUUAACAUGUG